ACGGGACAAAAUGGACCAGAAGACGGUCCUCAUCACGGGCUGCUCCUCUGGGAUCGGCCUCGCUCUGGCGACCAAGAUCGCGAACGAUGAGAAGAAGAGGUUUAUGGUCUAUGCCACCAUGAGGAACCUGAGUAAGUCUGAGCUGCUCAUCGAAGCAGCCGGUCGGACUCUGGGCAGAACCUUGGAGAUCAAGCAGCUGGACGUUUGUUGUGAGGAGUCCAUUAAAGCCUGUGUGGACAGUCUACCUGAGCGCCGUGUGGACAUCCUCAUCAGCAAUGCUGGGAUGGGCAUGAUUGGACCCAUUGAGUGCCAGUCCAUUGAUGAGAUGAAGACGGUGAUGGACACCAACUUCUUUGGACUUGUACGAUUGCUGAAGGAAAUCCUGCCUGACAUGAAAAAGAGGAAAAAAGGCCACAUUGUGGUCAUCAGCAGCGUCAUGGGCAUCCAGGGGAUUUUAUUCAACGACGUGUACGCAGCCUCCAAGUUUGCGGUGGAAGGAUUUUGUGAAAGCUUAGCAGUGCAGGCCUUGAGGUUUAAGCUGAGCAUCAGCCUGAUUGAGCCGGGUCCAGUGAUAACAGAGUUUGAGGGUAAAGUGUAUGGGGAGGCCCUGAAGACGGAUCUCAGCAAAGCUGACGAAGUGACAGCUGACAUGUUCUCAAACAUGUACCUGAAGACCUUCAAACAAAUCUUUGAAAGCCUUGGGCAGACUGCGGAGGAUGUGGCAGAGCAUACAUAUAAGAUCAUCACCAUGGAGAAUCCCCCUUUUCGCCAUCAGACAAACACUCUUUACACCCCUAUGACCACGCUUAAAUACGCUGACCCCAGUGGUGACCUUCCGAUUGAGACAUUUUACAAAAUGGUGUUUGAAUAUGAUAAGGUCUUCAGUGCCAGCCUGAACUUCCUCAAGCUGCUGCGCUGGAGAAGUCGGAAGAGUUUCUCCCUGGAAAAGGACAAGAACAACUGAUUUUGUUUUCAUGCUCAUUAGUGACAGGUGCUAGAUUGCAUGUGUAGAUUAAAGGAAACUAUUAGACUUUUGUGAUUAAAUGUACAAAAAAUGACAAAUAAAAUUACAAUAU